AUGAUUCAAACGGAAGCAGAGCGUCACACCUUCUAUUCGGGCAAAGCACAGCCAGCCUCAAGUUCGUCAGGCUAUUUUGAGUCCAUCGACCCGUCAAACGGAGAGCCCCUGUGUAGGAUACAUAAUUCGUCUCAUCAGUCAAUAGAUGCUGCUAUUGAGUCGGCACAAACGGCUUUCUCAUCAUGGUCAGCCACACCACCAGUGGAGCGUGCGCGGAUCCUGCAACGUGCCGUCUCCUUACUGCGGCAGCGAAAUGACGCUCUCGCACAAGUUGAGAUGCUUGAUACUGGCAAGCCUUUCUCCGAGACUUCAACCGUUGAUGUCGUGACGGGUGCAGAUGUGCUUGAGUAUUUCGCGAAUUUAGUGGCCAGCGGAGGUCUGAAUGGAGAGUCUUUCCGCCUCCGGCCGUCUGCCAUGGUGUACACCUCCAAGGAGCCCCUUGGUGUAUGUGCUGGAAUCGGGGCUUGGAAUUAUCCAAUCCAAAUUGCACUCUGGAAGUCGGCGCCGUGCCUCGCUGCGGGGAACUGCAUGGUGUACAAGCCAAGCGAAUUCACCCCGUUACACGCACAGUACUUAGCCGAGGUAUAUCGAGAUGCAGGGCUGCCAGACGGUGUCUUCAACGUCAUAUAUGGCGCCGGCGAGGUCGGUGCAUACUUGACAUCACACCCCUCUAUUGCGAAGGUCAGUUUCACUGGGCAAGUAGCUACAGGGAGGAAAGUGGCCGGUGCUGCCGCUGGUGGCAUGAAAUAUGUGACCAUGGAACUUGGCGGGAAAAGCCCGCUAGUUGUCCUUCCAGAUGCGCUGUUGGACCAAGCAGUAGACGUAGCCAUGAUGGCGAAUUUCUUCAGUUCGGGCCAGGUGUGCACGAACGGCACGCGAGUUUUCAUCCCACGCGCCAUGAAGAAGGACUUCGAAAAGCUGCUUCUCGAGAAAAUUCCCUUCGUCCGUGCUGGCGAUCUCUCUGACAUGGCUACAAAUUUCGGUCCCCUGAACAGCAAGGUUCAUCAUGCGAAGGUUGUCGAUUAUAUCCGACGUGGUAUUGAGGAGGAUAAAGCAACUCUUUUAUGCGGUGGUUCAGAUCUACCCGCUAACCUGCCUGCAAACCUCCGAAAAGGCUUUUGGGUUCAGCCUACAGUGUUCACCGAUUGCAAGGAUGACAUGGUGAUUGUGCGGAGUGAGAUAUUUGGCCCUGUCAUGUCGAUUCUCACAUACGAUACCGUCGAUGAGGCUGUCCAGCGCGCGAACACCACGGAGCUAGGCCUCGCAGCGGGCGUCGUGGGUAGAGACAUUGAUCAAUGCCAUAUAGUCAUAUCUAGGCUGGAAGCUGGUAUUACGUGGGUCAACACCUGGGGCGAGUCACCGGCUGAGAUGGCAGUUGGUGGGUGGAAGCAGAGCGGUCUUGGUGUCGAAAAUGGAAGAAGAGGACUCGAAGCCUGGUCGUUCAACAAAGUUGCCCUUCCCGUAGCUGUCAAGAUGAAGUUCGCAGCCUCUGUCGUAUUUCUUUUCCACGCCGUCACGACUAUCGCGGCGCCCACCGUUCUACUACAAGAAAACUCUCCAGCAGAGCUCGCAACAAGUCUCGCAGCUAACGAUGUUGUAUCUGGUGACGCCAAUCCUACACCAGCAGGUGGUCCUCCUGCCUGGCGUCUCGACUGCGGCUCUCCAGGAACCACGAGCCUUUGUUCAGCGGCAAAUAGCGGUGCCCACUGUGAUCCCAUCACAGGUUCCCUCACGAUAACACUUGCAGGCACUUGUGGUGCCUGCAAAUGCAUAACUGUCGACCAGUGCACCGGGAGAUGUGGCUGA